CCUCACCUCCCUCCCUCAACACACGUCGACGCCUCACCUCCCUCCCUCAGCACAAGCCAGCGUCGACGCCUCACCUCCCUCCCUCAACACACGCCGGCGCCGACGCCUCACUAGCGACUCGCUCAGCCGUCGCGACAGUUCUCCUCACCGCCACACAGUUCUCCCACCGCUACACAGGUUUCCUCAGCCGACGCGCCGCGAGUUCCACCUGUUCAUCCAUUCACCGUCGCCACACCCUCAUCUACUGUCUCCACCGCCACAGUUAUCCGUCGUCGCCGCCGCUGCUCCGAUUCACCGCCGCUGCUUCGUCUCAGGUCUAGUAUAAGUGAUAGUGGCAUUGGAAUGAUACCCAAUGUUUUUCCUGAGACAUUGUCCAAACUUCUCCUUGCCCUUUGUCCUAAUAUUACUUCAAGUGGUAUUCAAUUUGCUACAGCUCAAUUGCCUCAACUAGACAUUAUGGACUGUGGAAUGACCAUAUGUGAUCCAAAUUUAGGCAGCCCAGAGGAUAAUGGUGACUCUGACAUUCAAAAAAUACCCAACAGCGAGUUACACCGUGCAUAUAAAAAGUUGAUCAUUAAACACAGCCGUGCAUAUCAAAUGUUGAUCAUUAAACACAGCCGGUUGAAGAAAUUAAGCUUAUGGGGUUGCUUUGGCUUAGAUGCGGGAGGUGAUGAGGAAGAGUCUGUUAAGUCCAAGUCUGAAGUGAAUGAUGAUGAGGAAGACGGCAAUGGAGAGUGUCUGUUUUGUUCUACAGAGGACUGAUCAACCAGAUUCAACAACAGAAGGACUGACACUGAAGAUCUGUUUUAGGAAGCUGUUUUCCUGAAAAGAAGCUGUACCGUUGGAUCAAAUCAAUCGCGUCUGCAUUCUAUUUGACUAGCCACAUUAAUUAGGGUUCAUCACCCUUAAGUCUAUUUGUUAUCGGGCCAAGAAGAAAAAUAUCUACGAGUUCCUCAGCACUCAGUCUUCCUCUCUCUCUGCAUCCUUGCCUCCCUUGAUUUGUUCUUCUCCUCUCACAAAAAUCUCCAAUGGCGGAUCCAGUAAGAAAUAUCAUCAUCAAACUCGGAAGCAAGACACAUUCUCCAGAAGUGGCUUUUAAGCAUAUCCAGACGCUAUUAUAGUUUGCCGUGAAGAAGAAACUCAAGCUUGAUCCUCUGCUUCGUGAUGAGAUAUUGGUGACUGUUAUGACAAACUACCCAGAGUUUUAUGCUGAUUGGUCUGAAGAAGAUGCAACUAAUCUGCUGAUGAUGGUUUCUGAAGCCAGUGAUGAGGUUUCUCCAAUAUCUAUUCCAGAACCCUCGGAUGGAAAUCGGGGCGGGGCAUUUCUUCGGCAUUUUGCACAACGAGCCCUAGAACCUGCUGAGGUCUCUCGACGGCAAGCAGAGUCGCAGCCCUUGUAUCUCGAAGCUGCUGAAAAAGAGGCAAGACACAGACUGGAGAUCCUCCGAAACAGGUCAAACAAUUCUGAUUCUCCUAUUGAAAUUUCACCGGAUAAGCCUUAUGAUUCUGCUACUCCGUCUUGUGUUCCUGCUAAUAAUGAAAAUUUAACUGCUUUGAUCUCUGAGAAACCCCCUGUGAAUGCUGAUCCUUCAUCCCUGCCGUUAAGUGAGUUGAUUGUGUGAAAAAUGAUGUCUUGCAUGUAUCUAAUGAGAAAGAAAAAUUAUCUGAUGAGCCCAAUAAUCUAAGUCUAAUUGUAUU